AUGUUUACUGCGAAAACAAUUAGGAGUAGUUCAGUUUUUAGGUCUGAGCUUAUUGCUAUCAGAAAGGGCUUGCAAUUUGCUGCUCGGGCAGAUCAUUUUCAAGAUAUUUGGAUAUUGACUGAUAGUCGUGCCUCAAUCCAGCAUAUCUCUAAUUGGGAUAUUGUCGGAGAUCAGACCAGCCUUGAUAUUUUAGACCUGCUUGACAGGCUUUCAUCCAACCAUUCUAUACAUUUUCAGAGGAUUCCCUCACAUGGUGGGGUUGAUGGGAAUGAAAGGGCUGACUUCCUGGCCAAAUCCGCUGCCGAAGAAGACACUGUUCAUUGUGGGAAGCUUACCUUUAGAGAAAUUUCUUCCCUGGCGAAAAGGAAAUUAAACAAGACCAUAAGAACUCCUCCCAACCAUUCUUGGUAUUUUGCAAAAAAACCGAGAGAAUCUUUCAAUCUUAGACUGAGAGCCCAUCAAACUGCCUUUUCACGCUUCUUGAGUGGUCACACUAGAUCCCUUACUUUCAAACCAAAAACCUUAUCCUGA